UUAGUAAAUAAGGCUCGAAUAAGGUUAAAAAAUGUAUAAAUAAAAAUUUGAACACGUGAUCCUUUAAAUAAGUACUCCAAAACGACUUCAUUUUUGACAAACAGCCCAAUACGGUGAUAAGAUUAUAACUGAUACUCCAUUUUAAUCCGUAAUAAGACGGUCUAUUAAAUUUUUUGAUCAAAUGAAAAUACAAUGCCAAACAGAAAAGAUAUUCCAAAUAAAAUUUCGUUUGUUUACGGUGUUUUUUUUAUACUUUUUCUAAUUGGACUUUUAGUUGGAGUUUAUUUUAUCGAAACGGAUCUUCCAAAAGCUUUAACAUUACAAGAUGAGAUUGAUAAUCCUAAUACAUUUAUAACACAAAACGCAAAAAAUUACUUGAAAGGACUUGUUGAUAUGGGACCUAGAGUGGUUGGGAGUUACGAAAAUGAAAUUGAAGCGGUAAAAUAUCUGAAAAAUAUUAUAAAUAAUAUAGUGAAGGAUAGAAAUCCUCAGCAAAACAUUGAAGUGGAUCUACAGCUAACUCAGGGUUCAUAUUAUUUGGGAUAUAAACCUUACGGUUCAAUAAACGCUUAUGCAAAUUUACAAAAUGUUGUUGUUAAACUACAUGGAAAUGGAGAAUCAAAUAAAAGUGUAUUAAUUAAUGCACAUUUUGAUACAAUGACAACGAGUCCAGGUGGUAGUGAUGAUGGUAUAAAUUGUGCAAUAAUGUUAGAAAUUUUAAGAAUACUUUCAUUGCGAUCAUCUCCUCCUCUACACAAUAUAAUCUUUCUUUUUAACGGUGGUGAAGAGUCUAACAUUCAAGCAUCGCACGGAUUUAUCACCCAGCAUGAAUGGGCGGAAGAAAUAGCUGUUGUAAUUAAUUUAGAAGCGACCGGUGCUGGCGGAAAAGAAAUUUUAUUUCAAGCCGGACCGGAAAAGUCUUGGCUAAUGAAGUAUUAUAGUAAAGUACCUUAUCCGUUUAGUCAUGUGGCUGGAGAAGAAAUAUUUAAAAGUAAUAUUAUUCCUUCUGAUUCGGAUUUUAGAAUUUUUAGAGAUUUUGGUGGAUUGAUUGGCUAUGAUUUUGCUUAUAUUAAAAAUGGAUACAGAUAUCAUACCAAGUACGAUGAUUUUACCAACAUUAAUGAUGGAGUUUACCAAAGAAGUGGUGAUAAUAUUUUAUCACUCGUUACAAGUUUAUCGGAAGCGGAAGAAAUAUCAUUACAAGAAAAAACCGAUGGCCAAAACGAUCAAGGAGCUGUGUUUUUUGAUGUUUUCGGUUUAUUUGUGAUAUAUUACAAAAAAACCUUUAAAUGUUACAUAUUGACAUUUUUAAAAUUUAUCGAAAUUUUGAUUGAAUGGUUGUUGUCGGCGGCUUUUAUACUUUUAAUUGGUUUGAUUUUGGGUGCAAUUGGAAACACUAUGAGUUGGUAUAAAGUCCCUUAUUUGGCCAUUGGAUUAUAUUCCAUGUUAACAUUAAUUAUUUCUUGUUCGGUUCUAUUAAUUACAAAUAAAUAUUUAAGAAAGGAUUCAACGCCAAUUCAAGAUGAUGUUAUUCUUCACUCACACUUAACGAGAACAAUUUGGACCAUUGUUGUGCUAAUUGGUGUGUGUUUUGGUGUCAGAGCUGUUUAUUUACUCAUUAUCCCAAUUAUCUUCAAUAUGAUUACACUAUGGAUUAUACAUGGACUUAAAUUACAUCGAAAAAGUAGUUGGUGGGUUUCAAUUUAUAUAAUAGGAAACAUAUUUCCUACAAUGUUCUUAUACGGAAUAAGUUUUCACAUUUUGGCUUUAUUCAUUCCAAUUUGUGGAAGAUUUGGUACAGAAAUGAAUCCAGAAUUGCUUAUUGGAUUAUUUACAAUGAUGUUAACAAUACUUUGUUUAUGUUAUUACAUUCCUUUAAUAUUGUUAACCAAAGGUUCCAUAAAUAUUGUUCUUUGUCUUCUUUGUUGCUUUAUAGCUUCUUUUAUACUUGCUUUAACACCUGUUGGCUUUCCAUACAGUGGUGAUUUAGACGAAUUAGCACCACAAAGAUUUUCUAUUUACCAUACUCAAAGAAUUAUCCACAACGAAAACGAUGAAAUAAUAAAAUCGGACGCUGGUUUUCAUUUUAUCCCAAUGGAUUAUAAUUCACCAGAAACCAUAAAAAAAUACGUCAAAGAAAUGGAAGAUAUCGUAUCUUUAGAAAAUGAUUGCAAAAAGUUUUUAUUUUGUGGAUUACCCGUAACAUACUCAAGAGAUUUCGAAGAAUUAGAUAAAAGUAUUUGGAUUCCAACAAAACCACCAAUAUAUCCAAGCGAUUUACCGAAGAUGGUACAUUCAAAAAGGAAUUUAAAUUCAACCGUUGUCAGAUACGAGUUUAUAAUCUCAGGGCCGGACUGUAUGGACGUAUAUUUAUCACCAAAAUUAGGAAUACAAUUCUUAGAAACAAACCUAAACGACUUUAUCCCAAAUGAACAACCGUUAUGGAACGGAAGACCCACUUUAUACAUUCUUUACGUUUACGGUAAAGAACCGGCCUUGUUACAGUUUUACGUCGAUUUUUUGGUUCCAAAUGAAUGGAACGAAAAAGUUUUAGAUGUUGCGGUAACCGGCAAAUAUUUACAUGAUAAAAUAAACCCACAAACGGAUCAUUAUAAACGAUUUUUGGAUCAAUUCCCAGAUUUUGCCGCAAUCAAUACCCAAGCAUUAGGUUAUUAUGAAUCUUGGAUUAUUUAAUUAGUUAUCCAUUAUAGUAAUUUUGUAGAAAUAAUUUUGUAGAAAAUGGUAUUUUUUAUAUGUAUACAUAAAUAAUUUCUUAA